GGGAGAACAGCUCCCCUCGGGCGCCAGGGGCCGCCCCGAGGGCCCGCCUGCCUCGGGCAACACCGGCCUGGCGCGCCCCCGGCCGCUCCGUGUGCCCCGGACGCGCCGCCCGCGGCUCGAAAGCUGGAGAGUCAGCGACGGGGCCCGACUGCGGGAGCGAGGACUGCAAGAAGAAGCGAACAAAUAGUCCCCAGCGCCUCCUCUGGAUGCGGUCGCGUCUGUGGUCCCGGCAGCCGCUGGGCGGGCCAGCAGCCCCCAGUUUAGCGGACUGAUUUACUCCCGGUAUUGGUAAAUAUGAUCACGUGGGCCGCGCGACCAAUGGUGGAGGCUGCAGCCUGCGAACUAGUCGGCGGCUCGGGCGCCGGCGGGGAGCGGCUCGGCGGCCGACAGUGUAACCUUGGGUGGGAGCGCGGGACGCCUCAAAAUGUCUUCCAGUGGCACCCUCAGCAACUACUACGUGGACUCGCUUAUAGGCCAUGAGGGCGACGAGGUGUUCGCGGCGCGCUUCGGGCCGCCGGGGCCAGGCGCGCAGGGCCGGCCUGCAGGUGUGGCUGAUAGCCCGGCCGCCACCGCCGCCGAGUUCGCCUCGUGUAGUUUUGCCCCCAAAUCGGCCGUGUUCUCUGCCUCGUGGUCCGCGGUGCCCGCCCAGCCCCCGGCAGCGGCGGCGAUGAGCGGCCUCUACCACCCGUACGUUCCCCCGCCGCCCCUGGCCGCCUCUGCCUCCGAGCCCAGCCGCUACGUGCGCUCCUGGAUGGAGCCGCUGCCCGGCUUCCCGGGCGGUGCGGGCGGUGGUGGUGGAGGCGGCGGUCCGGGCCCCGGUUCCAGCGGCCCAGCCAACGGGCGCCACUACGGGAUUAAGCCUGAAACCCGAGCGGCCCCGGCCCCCGCCACGGCCGCCUCCACCACCUCCUCCUCCACUUCCUUAUCCUCCUCCUCCAAACGGACUGAGUGCUCCGCGGCCCGGGAGUCCCAGGGGAGCAGCGGCCCCGAGUUCUCGUGCAACUCGUUCCUGCGGGACAAGGCGGCAGCGGCGACGGGGGGAACCGGGCCUGGGGCAGGGAUCGGGGCCGCGACUGGGACGGGCGGCUCGUCGGAGCCCUCAGCUUGCAGCGACCACCCGAGCCCGGGCUGUCCGCUGAAGGAGGAGGAGAAGCAGCAUUCGCAGCCGCAGCAGCAGCAACUUGACCCAAACAACCCCGCAGCGAACUGGAUCCACGCUCGCUCCACCCGGAAAAAGCGCUGUCCCUACACCAAAUACCAGACACUUGAGCUGGAAAAAGAAUUCCUCUUCAACAUGUACCUCACCCGGGACCGGCGCUACGAGGUGGCCAGGAUUCUCAACCUAACAGAGAGACAGGUCAAAAUCUGGUUUCAGAACCGUAGGAUGAAAAUGAAAAAGAUGAGCAAGGAGAAAUGCCCCAAAGGAGACUGACCCGGCGCGGUGCUGGCGGGAGCGCUCAAGGGCAGCGGUUUUUGUUGUUGUUGCUGUUUUCCUUUGUGGGUGCUUGGUGCUUGAUUUCCAGAAACUCUCCAGCGACUUGGACUUUUUUUUUUUUUUUCCUUUUUAGAUAGAAGUGACUGUGUGGUUGGUCUCUGUGAGGUAUUUGGGGGACCCUGUAUUUGCUCGUUUAUGUGUUGGAAAAACCAAGUGGCUUUGGGGUUUCGCCCUAUCCCACUCCCUCCCUUUCCUGCUCCAUUGGUUCCUUAAGAAAUGCUAUAUUUUGUGAGUGCACGCUGGCUUGGGGAGCCCUCUCUUGUGUAAAUGUCCCCCAUGUUUCUGAAAAGUGCUGUAGUUUAGUCCUUUCACCCCCAGCACUGCCCAAACAGGGGCCAAGUGCGCCCCAAUUCCAAGAAUGAAGGCAGAGCGACAACAGUGCGGACACCCCGGCUGCUAGCCCACGCUGAAGCCCGGCCGGGUUGCCCACCAGUUGCGAAAGCCCCCUUUCCUCAGGGAGCACGCGGGACCUCGGCGGAGAUCUCCGUGAGGCCUAGAGAGAGGAGCCCAAGGGCCUCGGUCGGGUUGGGGUUUGUCCUCAGUGCAUUGGACGCUGCUAUCUCCCCCGAAAGCUGGGCUCGCGUGGGCGGCCGCGGGUGGUGGCCCUCCCGGUUCCUGCCCGAGGACCAGUUGUAAAUGUUACUGCUUCCUACUAAUAAAUGCUGACCUGAUCAAAUGGAACCCAGA